AAGACUAGCACUAACAUUGCGUGGCAAAAGAGAAAUCAAUUUUUGGAGAAAAAAUCGAAUCUUUUGGAAUAUUUGUCUUUUAAAAUGCAAUAUCUUCGUCAAGAUAAGAAAGACGAGGAAGAUGGCAGAGGAUCAAAUCCAUUUCAAGGACUGGACAAGGCAACUGCACUUCAAGAAGCGAGAACUUUUAAUGAAAGCCCUGUCAACCCAAAAAGAUGCAUCCACAUACUGACCAAAAUAUUGUAUCUCUUGAACCAAGGUCAGCAAUUUGGUACAACUGAGGCUACCGAAGCUUUUUUUGCCAUGACAAAGCUUUUUCAAUCAAAAGACCCAAUGCUAAGGCGCAUGGUUUACCUUUCCAUAAAAGAACUUGCCAAUGUUGCGGAGGAUGUUAUCAUUGUCACAAGCAGUCUGACCAAGGACAUGACUGGUCGAGAGGAAGCAUAUUGUGCUAAUGCGAUUCGUGCUUUAUGUAAAAUCACGGAUGCGACAAUGCUACAGGCUAUUGAACGUUACAUGAAACAAGCCAUAGUUGAUAAGAAUAAUAGCAUAUCAAGCAACGCACUAGUGUCAUCAUUGCAUCUUCUCAAUGGCAGUUAUGAUGUGGUAAAGCGAUGGGUUAAUGAGGCACAAGAGAUGAUUUCCAGUGAUUCUAUCAUGGUUCAGUAUCAUGGUCUUGGAUUGCUAUAUCACAUCAAGAAACAAGAUCGUCUUGCCAUCUCGAAACUUCUCAACAAGUUCACUAAAUCAUCCAUGAGAUCACCUUACGCAAUGUGUAUGAUGAUUCGUAUCGCGGCGAAGUAUGUAAACGAGGAGGAUGAAGGAUCCUCCAGUGGCUAUUAUGAUUUCCUUGAGAACUGUCUGCGACAUAAAAGCGAGAUGGUGAUAUACGAAGCUGCCAGAGCUUUGGUUAACUUGAAGAAUGUUGAAACACGUGACCUGUGUCCGGCUAUUUCCGUGCUUCAGCUGUUUCUCAGUUCUCCUCGGCCAACGUUGAGGUUUGCCGCGGUGAGGACAUUGAACAAAGUAGCAAUGUCUCAGCCGGCGUCUGUUGCAAGCUGUAAUCUGGAUCUUGAAAAUCUUAUUACCGAUGUAAACCGUAGUAUCGCGACUUUGGCAAUAACUACGCUGCUUAAGACCGGAAGUGAGUCAAGCAUCGACCGCCUGAUGAAACAGAUCUCGUCUUUUAUGUCGGAGAUUUCCGAUGAGUUCAAGAUUGUGGUAGUGGAUGCAAUCAAGUCAUUGUGUAUGAAAUUUCCCAAGAAGCAUUUGGUGAUGAUGACUUUCCUCUCGUCCAUGCUGCGUGAUGACGGAGGAUUUGAAUACAAGAAAGCGAUCGUGAACACCAUUAUUCAUAUCGUGGAAGAAAAUUCUGAGGCAAAAGAGUCCGGUCUCUCUCAUCUUUGUGAGUUCAUCGAAGAUUGUGAGCACACCGUCCUUGCGACACGAAUUCUUCAUUUGCUUGGCCGAGAGGGACCUAGGACCCAGAAACCAUCGAAGUACAUACGGUUCAUAUACAACCGAGUGAUUUUGGAGAAUGCUGCAGUUAGGUCAGCUGCUGUCACAACCCUUGCCAAGUUUGGUGCUCACUGUGAAUCUCUGCUACCGAGUAUCGAAGUAUUGUUAUCUAGGUGUUUGCUUGAUACUGAUGACGAAGUUCGUGAUCGAGCCACGUUCUAUCUGAAUGUGUUGAGACAACAAGACAAGGCUUUAUCUUCAGCUUAUAUUUUGAACGGCUUACAGGUGUCCGUGGUAGGCCUGGAGCGAGCUUUGAAUGCUUACGUCAAAGAAGCUCCAGAUGCACCGUUUGACAUCAAGACCGUUCCCUUGGCAACGGCGUCGAUGCAAGAGCAAAUGGUGAAGACGAGCAAAAGCAGCAAAACAGAAGCGCCUUCAAAUCAGCCAACUGUGGUCACUUCGAGACAAGAAGUCUAUGCGGAACAGCUUGCCGCGAUUCCCGAGUUCGCCAACCUUGGUCCGCUGUUCAAGUCUUCUGCUAAGCCACUUGAGUUGACGGAGUCAGAGACAGAGUACGUGGUGAACUGUGUAAAACACGUGUUUAAUGAUCACAUCGUAUUCCAGUACGACUGUACGAAUACGCUGAACGAUCAAAUACUCGAAAAUGUAACCGUGGAUAUGGAGGUAUCCGAAGGUGAAUACGAGGUCGUGAUGACAAUCCCGUGUCCUAGUUUACCCUACAAUACACCUGGUAUCACCUAUGUCCUUGUCAAAAUACCCGAAGAUCAAACUGAAGUCACGUGUACCUUUUCCAACACAAUGAAGUUCGUUGUAAAAGAUUGUGAUCCCAACACUGGCGAAGCUGAUGAUGAAGGAUAUGAUGAUGAAUAUGUGUUGGAAGACGUGGACGUUGUGGUCGCUGAUCACGUGCAGAAAGUGUUCAAAACGAACUUCGCUGCGUCGUGGGAGGAGAUUGGGGAUAGUCACGAAAUGAAAGAUACUUAUGCCUUGUCUCAAAUGAAAAGCUUGGAAGAUGCGGUGAAACAGAUCAUCGAAUACAUGGGCAUGCAGCCAUGCGAGCGAUCGGACCGAGUCCCUUCAGACAAGAAAUCCCACGUUCUGUUAUUGGCCGGUUGCUAUCGAGGCGGGCACGAUGUUCUUGUUCAAACAAAACUGGCGUUCAGCGAUGGCGUUACCAUGCAGAUCACUGUCCGAAGUUCUGAGGCGACCGUUUCCGAAGUCGUUCUCUCGGCAGUCGGUUGAGGAUGUCAUUUUUGGUUGAUGAAAUUUUUGCCGAUGUUCAUUUUUGUAGAAAGCUCAUCAUGGCAAAUUAUAUGUGAAAGAUUACUAUGAAA